GCUGUGCCACGGGAAGUCUUCUAGAUGGACGACCAAAAACUAUUACUGAGAUUCUACAUUGCCCUAUUCUUAUCCUUUUAGAAAUGUGUUAACGAUUUAUAUAUAGCUAUGAUGUUAAACACGUCCUAUUCUAAAAUAUAAUGUAUUUUUUUCUGAUACUUUUUGUCAAGUUCUAGGAGUUUUACUUUUCCUUGGUUUAUGAUUGGUCGUAAAGCACUGGAUAUUUAUUUGUUUACUGUAGCUGGCUGGAAUGCUAGCUGACCAGAUACGCGAUGCCUAGUUCUUCUGGAAAGAAAGUUAAAUUGUUAAUCGUUUUAUUUAAGAAGUCAAUUUAGGUGCCCUCCAACAACUGUCUUUCCGCAGUAACGUUUGAAGCCAAGAUGAUCGAGGUGGUGGCCUCCAUGGCCCGGGGCCCCGUCUUCCUCGCCGGGGAGCUCAUGGAGUGUCUCAUAACGUUCACCAACCCGAUGUCCCACCUGUCCACCUCGGCCAGCUGUGAGAUGCUGGCAUGGGCCAGUGCCCAGAUCCACUGCCAAUUUCAUGCCAGUGAGAGCCGAGUGGCCCUGCCGGCCCAAGGCAACAAGCAGGAUGUCCAGGCUGAGAGCAACACAGUGCUCAUUCCAAGCAGAGGAGAGCGAGGUCAGUGUGUUCUGGACACACCACCUAAGAUAUUAUUCUGUGACCUGCGCCUGGACCCUGGGGAAAGCAAAACCUAUUUGUACAGCGAGAUCGUACCCAUAGAUGGUCCUCCUAGUUUCCGUGGUCAGGCGGUGAAGUACGUCUACAAACUGACCAUCGGCUGCCAGAGAGUCAACUCUCCGAUCAAACUACUCAGAGUUCCCUUCAGAGUGCUGGUUCUGCAAGGCAUGCCGGAGCCUCCCUUCCCCCAGGACGAGGAGGUCUCCCCCUCCAACCCGUUCCUGGAGGAAGAGGAAGCGAGCCGCAGAGACGCUCGGCCUUUAGAGAGAGCGUUGGACAUGCUGAUGGUCACGACCUCGAGACGCUGCCCCCACAUGUUUAAUAUCACCAAUGUGCGCGGGAAAGUGGCCAAGUUCUGCAUCUUCAAGACCGUUUACAGACUCGGGGAGGACAUCGUCGGCACGUUCAACUUUUCAGAGGGAGACAUUCCCUGCCUGCAGUAUUCUGUGAGCCUUCAGAAUGAGGAGGAGAUCCAGCAGCACUACCAGCGGCGCCCCGGACAGGUCAUCAGUGUGACUGGACACGGGCGACACAUGGAGUCCUGCCUCCACACCGCCUCCAGCCACUUCUCUCUCCCUAUCCCCCUCAACGUCACGCCGGGUUUCAGCACUGACAUCGUGAUGCUGAGGUGGCGCCUUCACUUUGAGUUCGUCACCGCCCGGGAGCCUAUGGAACCGCCCACCGUUCUGCAGAACCAAUCGGAGGUUACAGUUUGGGCAGGGGCGGAGCAUGUCGACGUGGACACCUUCAGCUGGGAUCUGCCUAUCAAAGUCCUGCCCACCAACCCGGCCUUGGCAUCCUACAUGUCCCACUUUUCAGGGACCAACAGCAUUCAUAUCUGACUGUUUUGUGUGUGUGUGUGUGUGUGUGUGCGUGUGUGUGUGUGUGUGUGCGUGCGUGUAUGCGCGCUCUUUCCAGAUGAAAUCAGAGGUAUACAUUUAAGUAACAAGGGAUUAUUUCAGUUGUUUCUAUUGUAUAUGCAGUACUAGUGAUGGAUUCCAUAUGUAUAUUAUGCAAUUUAUGUUUUGCCUUUUACCAUAUGCAUCUUAACUUCAAAUACAUCUUUAUUUUUGGACCUCACGAUGUGCAACUAUCUCCGUGGUUUCUUUUAUUUAUUUCAUUUUUGAUUCUUUUACUCGCUCUCUCAUUUUGUGGGGAAAAAUGUUUCUCAUUCAAAAUGUUUUUAUUGUUAACAUUUGUUUUUCUUCUCUCAGCUUGAGCAAAAGGCUUUAUUAAGAUGUAAAUACUACACUAUUAAAACUGUGAUUUAAAUGUGA